GACACGAAUCUCCAUCUCUCCGACAUUAAUUCCCUUCGUGCUCAUUCACUUCCCUUGUUUAGAUCGCCCCCUGGAUUCAAAUCCCUACUCUCAUUUUCACUCCACUACACAAAUCGCAUCCAUAAAUCAUUAAAUCUUGUGCCAAAAUCCAUAUACCCCUUCAAGAAAUGGGCGGAUUCCCUUUAUCCCCAUCAGCCCUGGAUUCGAAAUCAGGGAAGCUCAUACUGUUGGUUCUUCUAGUAAUGACUGCGUCUUUCUAUACCGGAACUUUUUUCGGCCGCAAUUCUUCAAAUUCUCCAUCAAUAGAAUCUCCAUCAUCUUCAGAAACAAUAGAUGCUCUUACUUUUAGUAACAAGGUUACUCUCACUCACCGUAAGUCACCCAUUAUAAUUCCAGAAUCCGGGAUGAACAUAUGCCCUAUAGAAUACAAUGAGUAUAUUCCAUGUCAUGAUCCUUCUUAUAUAAAAGAAUUAACACCAAGUUUAGAUCUUUCCAAGCGAGAAGAUUUGGAAAGACAUUGCCCUCCAUUAGAACGACGUUUAUUUUGCUUAAUACCUCCACCACAAGAUUACAAGAUUCCAGUGAAAUGGCCAACAAGUCGAGACUACGUAUGGAGAAGCAACGUGAAUCAUACACGUCUUUCUCAAGUAAAAGGUGGCCAAAAUUGGGUGCAUGAAAAGGAUCAACUAUGGUGGUUUCCAGGUGGUGGGACCCAUUUUAAACAUGGAGCUAGUGAAUACAUUCAAAGAUUAGGAAAUAUGACAACCAACGAAACAGGUGAUCUUCGUGUUAAUGGGGUAUAUCAGGUUCUUGAUGUUGGUUGUGGAGUUGCUAGCUUUUCUGCAUAUCUUCUUCCUUUAAAUAUACAAACCAUGUCAUUUGCUCCCAAAGAUGGCCAUGAAAAUCAAAUCCAGUUUGCUUUAGAACGUGGGAUUGGUGCUAUGAUUUCUGCUUUAGCUACAAAACAGCUUCCAUAUCCAAGUCAUUCCUUUGAAAUGGUUCAUUGUUCAAGAUGUCGUGUUGAUUGGCAUGAAAAUGAUGGAAUUCUACUAAAAGAAAUAAAUCGACUUCUUCGACCAAAUGGAUAUUUUGUGUAUUCAGCUCCUCCAGCUUACAGAAAAGACAAAGAUUAUCCUAUUAUCUGGGAUAAGUUAGUGAAGAUAACUUCCGGAAUGUGCUGGAAGCUUAUUGCUAAGAAAGUUCAAACAGCAAUAUGGAUAAAGGAAGGUGAUCAAUCAUGCCUUCAGCACAAUGUAGAGGAGAAAAUUAUAAAUAUAUGUGAUGAUUCUGUAGAUGAUAACAAUAAGCCUUCAUGGAAAACACCAUUGAGGAAUUGUGUUUCAUUGGGCCCCACUUCAGAUCCUCAAAAACUCCCUCCUAUACCACAACGUUAUUCGGUGUAUUCAGAAAGUCUUGAUAAUUUAGGUUUCACACAAGAGAAGUUUCUUUCAGACACCCUUUAUUGGCAUGAUCAAGUUCGUGAGUAUUGGAGGUUGAUGAAUGUUGAUGAUACUUCAAUUAGAAAUGUAAUGGACAUGAAUGCCCUUUAUGGUGGAUUUGCAGUUGCUUUUAGUACUUGGCCUGUUUGGGUAAUGAAUGUAGUUCCUUCAACAAUGAAUAAUACUUUAUCAGCCGUUUAUGAACGUGGUCUUAUAGGUGCUUUUCAUGAUUGGUGUGAGCCAUUUUCAUCAUAUCCAAGAACAUAUGAUUUGUUGCAUUCAAGCUAUCUCUUUUCUCACUAUGGAAACCAUCAAGAUGGUUGCUUAUUGGAAGAUGUGAUGCUAGAGAUGGAUCGUUUGAUAAGACCUCAGGGUUUUAUUAUUAUCAGAGAUGAUGAAUCCAUUAUAUCUAGAAUAAGAGAUAUUGCUCCCAAGUUCCUAUGGGAAGUUAAUUUGCAUAAACUCGAAAAUCAACAAAAGCAAUUAGAAUCCGUGUUAAUUUGCCAAAAGAAGUUCUGGACAAUCAUCUAAUUUAACAUUCACAUGUUUGAAUUCUCAAAUUCAACGAUUAGAAUUUUCAUAAACUUGUUUAAAAUUAUUGUAGAUAUUUGUUUAUGUCUUCUGUAAAUUCUUGAUGUUCUUUCUUAACCAAAGGAUAUAGACACCUGCUAAUGUUAGUCAUGAGUUUCAGAGGGUUGAUAGGGGAUUAGGGUUUGACAAUGUGCAUGAAGUUUUGGAAUGGGAAAACUGUUUGAUCUGUGUA